AUGCUAGCUUUGACAAUCUUCGUCGCUUACGUUCCAACAUCAAGCUACGAAGAAGAAGAAGUCGAAGCUUUCUAUAUGGACCUAGAGAAGUUCUACAGAGAAGACGACACUUUCUGCGAGGUCAUUGUUGGUGAUUUUAACGCCAGGAUUGGCCCCAGAAGAACGCCUGAGGAACACCAAUUCCCCUACUCUCGCUUUUUCUUGGCUUCCGAUGCGAGCGCACGGGCGUUAUAA